ACUCUAGUUGGCCCGGAUGGAAACAGUUGCAGGACUUCCUGGAUUUUUAAGGGUUUGGUUUUAAUGGGCAAUGCGGUUGGCUAGAAUACUGUUUCUGUUUGGGCAAAUCUGCAAGAGGAUUUUCUAUAGAAGUAAUGUCUUCGACCAUGGUAGCACCUUGUACAUACACACCCCUGAAUCUACUUAAGGAAGGCACUGUUGUCAAUGUCUGUGGUGUUGUGAAGUUCUUUAAGCCUCCAUACUUGAGCAAAGGAACUGAUUAUUGCUCAGUUGUAACAAUUGUGGACCAGACAAAUGUGAAGCUAACUUGUGUGCUGUUUAGUAGAAACUAUGAAGCUCUUCCCAUCAUUUAUAAAGUUGGAGACAUUGUUUGCUUCCGUGGACUGAAGAUUCAGAUAUAUAAAAAUGAGCUUCAAGGAAUCAGCAACUAUGGUUUUGCAUCUUUGACAUUUGAUGGUGCCUUAGGGUCUCCUGUCAAACUGCGUUCUUCAAACAAGAACGUUAACUUCACAUCUCAGGACCACAAUAUGGUAGAAGCUUUGCGGGCUUGGGCGUCCACACAUGUUCCAGCGUCUUCCACCUUACUGCAGCUCUCUGAUGCUCAGCCUAUGCAGUAUUACGACCUGACUUGUCAGCUCCUGGGCAAAGCAGAAGUAGAUGGAGUGUCAUUUCUUCUAAAGGUAUGGGAUGGCACCAGGACAAAGUUUCCCUCUUGGAGAGUCUGCAUACAAGACCUUGCUUUUGAAGGUGACUUAAGUCACAUUCUGCGGCUACAGAAUCUGGUGAUAGACAUUGUGGUUUAUGAUAAUCAUGUCCAGGUGGCAAAAUCCCUGAAGAUUGGAAGCUUCCUUAGAAUUUACAGCCUCCAUAUCAAACUUCAGCCAGUUAAUUCAGAGUCCACAACUUCAUUGUUAAGACUGGAGUUUCAUCUCCAUGGAGGAACCAGCUAUGGUCGUGGGAUCAGGGUUUUACCAGAAGGUAACUCUGACGUGAAUAAGCUGAAAGAAGCUUUAGCAUGUGUAGAUUUGGCAGCCAGUCAAACAUCAGAUGAUACAUAUCAAUCAGAAAAUGAGGACAACUGUUCACUGCCUUCAAGUUGUGGAUCAGACCUAGUUUCCCUGUACGAGGUAGAAAGAUGUCAGCAACUCUGUGCUACAGUACUUACAGAACACCGUUAUUUAGAGAAUACCCCAUUGUGUGCCAUUUUGAAGCAAGGAGCUCCUCGACAAUAUCGAAUCAGAGCAAAACUAAGAUCAUAUAAGCCCAGAAGACUUUUCCAGUGUGUUAAACUUGUGUGUCCAAAAUGUCAUUUACUGCAAGAAGUCCCAUCUGAUGAAAAUGUAGAUAAAAUUUUGCAAGUCGCUGCAACUAAAGCCCCAGAGAGCAAGCUGCAAGGUACAUCGUUGUAUGACUCAGAAAUCUGGACCACUGAAGGCCAAGGGGGACGGCAGGUCGUUAUCCAUUUUGUGAAAAAUGAUGGUAUCCUUCCUCUUUCAAGUGAAUGUCUAAUUUUGAUAGAAGGAGGUCGGCUUUGUGAAAUCUCUAAACUGUCGAGCAUGUUUCACAGUGUAAUCCCUGUGAGGUCAGGCCCCGAAGACCUGGAGCUCCUAGAUCUUGCAGCACCAUUCCUCAUCCGAGGAAAGGUGUGUCACUAUGGAUGUAAACAGUGCUCAAAGUUGAAACCCAUACAAAACCUAAGUACCAUUCCUAAUAAAAGACUAUGGAUUCCUUCCUCUGUGGCAGAAGUUUUGGGCAUUGUACCUCUGCAGUAUGUGUUUGUUAUGACUUUCACAUUUGAUGAUGGAACAGGAGUCUUGGAAGCUUACCUCAAGGAUUCUGAGAAAUUUUUCCAGAUCCCAGCAUCAGAAAUCCUCACUGAUGAUGACCUUCAGAGGAAUCUGGAAAGGAUCAUGAACGUGAUUUGUCCUUCAGGAAUAAAAAUUGAUGCAUACCCGUGGCUGGAGUGUCUCCUCAAGUCCUACAAUGUCAGGAGUGGAAUGGAACAUCGCAUUUGUUACCAGAUAUCUGACACCAUGGUUGUAGAAGACAUCAUCUAGCACAGUGUGUAUGUGUGUGUGUGUGCUGGGGCCUUUACUGUCUUACAGAAGGUUUUGACUGACUCUCAGAAGGCAUGCCUGUUGUUGAAGUUCCAUUCCCAUUUUCAGUAUAGCCUUAAAGUUCUUGUAUACAGAAAGACAUUGUAUUGUCAUUUAUACCUUCUACAUUGUAAAUAUGUUUAAAUGCCUUGUUGCUCAGCUUGCCCAGGGUGACAAGUAGAGUUACAAAAUAAGGCCACAUUUUGUGUGGAGGAACUGAUUUCAUUUCUUCUUCAGUUCUUUGAGGCUAUUUGUGUUACUAUUAUAACCUGUAGCUUCAUUUUCUGCAGAUAAGAGACACUAGUUUCUGUGCCGUCCACCACUAUCCCUGGUUGGGUUUAUUUUCCUGUCUUGAGUUUUAUACCAACAGUGGAUGUUAAUAUUGGUGUAAAUAAGAACACAUUCAGUUCUUGAGUCUCUUGGCUGACAUUGAUUAAAAACAGUGUGACUA